CAGACAGGACUCCUGAUGCCCGGCCACAGCUCUGUGCGCCCUGCUGUGCCCUCGGCCGCCUUCUCGCUGCCCACGGCCUGCAGGCCCCCACACCCUCCUCCAGAUCCCGACUGGGCCUCCUACACCCUGGGCGUGUUCAUCUGCCUGAGCUGCUCCGCCAUCCACCGCAACAUCCCGGAGGUCAGCAAGGUCAAGUCCGUCCGCCUGGACGCCUGGGAGGAGGCCCAAGUGGAGGGUGUGGUCCCAACGCUGAGGACAGAGAAAGGUACUGACUCCCAGCAGACCCCCUUCCUGGGUGACCAGCUCGACCUCACACGUCACCACAGCCUCACCACCACGGAGUCUCCGCCACGGAGUCACCGCCACGGAGUCACCACCACGGAGUCUCCACCACGGAGUCUCUGCCACAGAGUCACCACCACACAGUCUCCGCCAUGGAGUCUCCACCACGGAGUCUCCACCACGGAGUCACCGCCACGGAGUCACCACCACGGAGUCUCCACCACGGAGUCUCCGCCACGGAGUCUCUGCCACAGAGUCACCACCACGGAGUCUCCACCACGGAGUCUCCACCAUGGCCUCACCACCACGGAGUCUCCGCCACGGAGUCACCACCACGGAGUCAUCACCACGGAGUCUCCACCAUGGAGUCUCCGCCACGGAGUCUCCACCACGGAGUCACCACCACGGAGUCACCACCAUGGAGUCUCCACCACGGAGUCUCCACCACGGCCUCACCACCACAGCCUCACUGCCACGGAACCCCGCCCUCUCCCCCCAGGAUACCGAGAGGGUUUCCUCUGGAAGCGCGGCCGGGACAACGGGCAGUUUCUCAGCCGGAAGUUUGUGCUGACGGAGCGUGAGGGUGCCCUGAAGUACUUCAACAGACACGAUGCCAAGGAGCCCAAGGCCAUCAUGAAGAUCGAGCACCUGAACGCCACCUUCCAGCCGGCCAAGAUCGGACACCCGCACGGCCUGCAGGUCACCUACCUGAAGGACAACAGCACCCGCAACAUCUUCAUCUACCACGAGGACGGGAAGGAGAUGGCCGACUGGUUCAACGCGCUCCGGGCUGCCCGCUUCCACUACCUGCAGGUGGCCUUCCCGGGGGCCAGUGACGCUGACCUGGUGCCGAAGCUGACCAGGAACUACCUGAAGGAGGGCUACAUGGAGAAAACUGGGCCCAAGCAGACGGAAGGCUUCCGGAGGCGCUGGUUCACCAUGGAUGACCGGAGGCUCAUGUACUUCAAGGACCCCCUGGUAGGGCAGGGCCUCGGCCGGGCAGAGGGACCUCUCAGCCAGGGCAGGGUCCUCGGGAUGGCCGGGGAGGGGGAGCGAACACUUCCUGCCCCUGAGGUGCCCAUCCCCGAGGGGCAGUCGGUGGGCCCUUCCUUAGAACCAGGCCUCACUCACUGA